AUGUUGGCCGGUGGUUGGACUGAGCUAGCUCCAGCCGACGUCAACAGCAAGGUGCGCGAGGCGGCGGCUGCCAAGAUCGCGGAGAGUGUGUCUGGUGCAACAAUAGCUGAGGUUAUCAAGGCCUCGUCACAGGUUGUCCGAGGCGUCAACACCAUGCUUCUUACACGCCUCAGCACCGGAGCGCACUACAUCGUAGUCGUGUGGUUUGAUCUAAAGAAUUAUAUUGUGACGACCCUGAAGGAAUACACCGGCAACUUGGCUAAUUUUACUUGGCCUAUGCGGGAGUGA